AUGCCAGUCAUAAAUGUGGAUGACCUGACGGACAAGGACAAAGCCGUAAUGGAAGUUAACCAACUUAAAAUUGAAGUGAAACUUGAGAGGUGGUUGACAUCUAAAUGCUGUGAGGAAAUCAAGGACUACAUUCAGGCCGGAGUGGAGGAGGACACCCUCGUCAAAGGCAUUUCAGAGGAGAAGAACCCCUUCAAGGAGAAAGGUGGCUGUGUCAUCUGCUAG